UUGAAUGUGUGAGAAAUGUUCUGCAUGCACCCUAAUAAUGCGCGCGCCGAUUUUUUGUCUCAAAACAGCUGUACUGUCAGCGCCAUUCGUGCUUGUGUCGUCUGGACCUGUGUUCGUAAAAAGAGCGGAAAAAUGGGAUUGUAUUUUGGUAAUUUGGCCAAAAUUCGAGGCAUCGUCUAUUUCAGACUCAGCCCCCAUGAACAGAAAGCAUGGGCAGGAGCAUUCAGUCACGGGUUUCCUAACAUGAUACGUCGAUUUAGGGAGAGCGUCUUCAAAGUAGUCCCGCCAAUGCUCUUGACGUACAUGCUAGUCGAUUGGGCAGAUAAGGAGAACGAACGCUUGUCAAGGAAGAACCCAAAGGAUUAUGAGAAUGACAAAUAAUGCGAUACUUAGCCAAUGAUUUAUAGUUAACGAUUCUUUUGUUAUCAAUUAAUAAAAAAGCGUAGCAAUUCCAGAAAGCUUGCUUAACGCAUGUAAACAAUAAGUUGUUAAAUACAGUUGAAGAAAUGGUUGCGUA